AUGGAGGUGAACGCUACGCUGAUCGACUGCUGCGACCCGCAGAAGCCGUCGAAGGUGCUAUUUCACUUUCUCAUCCUCGACGCGCCGUCCCCGAGCAACCUCCCGACAUACAUCAAGGAGCUGCAGCACCGCGGCGUGCGGCACUUGGUGCGGGUAUGCGGCCCAACCUACGACGCCACGCUCGUCAAGAGCAGGGGCAUUGAGGUCCACAGCUGGCCAUUCGACGACGGCGCGCCGCCGACGCGCGCGGUCCUUGACAGCUGGCUAAAGUUGCUCGACAUGGAGCUUGCGCGUCAGCAGGAGAACCCAUCCGUGCCUCCGCCAACUAUCGGCGUGCACUGCGUGGCGGGCCUGGGCCGCGCGCCAAUCUUGGUGGCGCUGGCGCUGGUGGAGUACGGCAACGUAUCUGCACUAGACGCCAUCGCACUGAUCCGCGAGAAGCGCAAGGGUGCCAUCAAUCAGAUACAGAUGCACUGGAUUACCAAGUACAAGCGUCGUCACCAGGGUGGGGGCUGCGUGAUCAUGUAG